GAGACAAUGGCAACAACCAACCCUGAAGAUAAGUUGGAGGAACUGGCGGUGAUGGUGAAAUCUAUGAUGCGGUCUCAAGUGGCUAGAGACCUGAAGAUUGAUAAAGAUUUUUCCCGCCAGGAGCAGAGGUGGAAAAGCAUACAGCAUCAAUUCCAACAAAUGCAGCUUCAAGUGCAUGCUGUACUUGGAAAAUCUGAUGUAUCAGAAGCACAUCUUCAACCCACGACAUCUGAAGCACCUACAGAAGAAUCAGAUGGUGGUGAUGUCCAGCUGGCUCGUGGUUCCAGGACCAUAAUUGAACCAAAGUUUCUUCCCUUAUCCACGGAUGAUGACAUUGAGCAUUUCCUGACGACGUUCGAGAGGAUGGCCCAGGUGUGUCGCUGGGCUAGAGAUGAGUGGGCGGUUCGUCUGGUCCCUUUGUUGACCGGUAAGGCCCGCACAGCCUAUGUUCUAAUGGAUAUGGCUGACUCUGAGGACUAUGAAAAAGUGAAAGAGGCAAUUCUGGCAAAAUAUGAAAUCACUGCUGAUACGUAUCGACGCCGCUUCAGAUGCCUGAAGAUUGAAGCAGAAAUAUCCGAGCAGAUAAUUCUGGAGCAGUUUUUAAGAAUGGUUAAUCCAGAGUUGGAGAUCUGGAUCCGUGAGCGCGACCCGAAGACGGCAAAAGAAGCAGCUACUCUUGCAGAGGUCUUCACGUCAGCCAGGAAGGGAGCAAGAGCACCUAUUUUGGCCGAGAGACUCACUAUGCCCCAUCAAGAAAAAAUCAAACCGUUCUUGGACCCUCAGCUCUUUAAAGAAGUUCCAGGAUUUACAUCACUGGUCCAACAUAAGAUUCGGCUGAAAGAAGAUGCACCGAGUCGGCAAAAGAGCUAUCGCAUACCAGAACGUUUGGUUCCGGUACUGGAAAAAGAAAUAAAGCUGAUGUUGGAGUUGGGAAUAAUUGAAGAGUCUAGGAGUGAGUGGUGCAGCCCGAUUGUGCUGGUGCCAAAGAAAGACGCCUCCCUGAGAUUUUGUAUAGAUUUUAGACAUUUAAAUGCUGUGUCCAACUUUGACCCGUACCCGAUGCCCAGGGUGGACGACUUACUGGAGAAAGUCGGUUCGGCAAGUUACAUCACAACGCUGGAUCUGUGCAAAGGAUACUGGCAAGUGGCUUUGGCACCAGAAGCGAGAGAGCUGACGGCCUUCAAAACUCCUUUUGGUUUUUCCAUCCUGCAGGCCAUCAUGGAGGCGGCAGUGGCCAACAACUGGCAGGUGACUGCCCGCUCUGUCAGCAGCACCACGGAUGCAGCAGAGUUCAAGCGCAUCAUCGAGGAGAUGGACAGGAGGCAGGAGAAGCGCUAUGUGAUCGACUGCGAGGUGGACCGGAUCAAUACUAUAUUGGAACAGGUUGUGACCCUGGGGAAGAACAGCCGUGGUUACCACUACAUUCUGGCCAAUCUUGGAUUUUCAAAUGUGAGUCUGGACAAGGUCUUUGCCGGAGGAGCCAACAUCUCAGGGUUUCAGAUCGUCAACCCUGAGAACCCGAUUGUGCAGCAGUUCAUACAGCGAUGGGAGCGGCUGGAUGAAAGAGAAUUCCCAGAAGCCCGAAACGCUCCUCUGAAGUACACCUCCGCUCUGACCCACGACGCCAUCCUGGUGAUAGCCGAGGCAUUCAGGUACCUGAGGCGCCAGCGCGUGGAUGUCUCUCGUCGAGGCAGUGCGGGAGACUGUCUGGCGAAUCCCGCCGUACCCUGGAGCCAGGGGAUAGACAUCGAGAGAGCUUUGAAAACGGUCCAAGUGCAAGGGAUGACCGGGAACAUCCAGUUUGACAACUACGGCCGCAGGACCAAUUACACCAUAGACAUAUAUGAAAUGAAAACAGGUGGGCCAAGGAAGAUUGGUUACUGGAACGAGUACACGCGAUUUGUAAAUAUAAUGGAUCCGCAGGUCUCCAACGACUCCUCGGUGGAAAACCGAACCAUUGUGGUCACUACUAUUAUGGAAGCUCCUUAUGUGAUGUACAAGAAAAAUUAUAUGCAUCUGGAGGGGAAUGACAGAUAUGAAGGCUACUGCGUCGAUUUAGCAUCUGAGAUUGCCAAACAUGUUGGAAUUAAGUACAAACUGUCAAUAGUAAUGGAUGGCAAGUACGGCGCCCGAGACCCAGAGACCAAGACGUGGAACGGGAUGGUGGGUGAACUGGUCUAUGGGAGGGCAGAUAUAGCCGUUGCGCCUCUCACCAUUACUCUGGUUCGAGAGGAGGUGAUAGACUUUUCCAAGCCCUUUAUGAGCUUGGGCAUCUCCAUUAUGAUAAAGAAGCCACAAAAGUCCAAGCCUGGCGUUUUCUCCUUCCUGGACCCACUGGCCUAUGAGAUCUGGAUGUGUAUAGUGUUUGCCUACAUUGGCGUGAGCGUGGUCCUGUUCCUGGUCAGUCGGUUCAGCCCAUAUGAGUGGAACCUCGAGGAGCAGGAUGAAACCAAAGACCCCCAGACUCCCCCCGACCCUCCUAAUGACUUUGGCAUCUUCAACUCUCUCUGGUUCUCCCUUGGCGCCUUCAUGCAGCAGGGCUGUGACAUCUCUCCAAGGUCUCUUUCAGGGCGUAUUGUCGGUGGUGUUUGGUGGUUUUUCACCCUCAUCAUUAUCUCCUCCUACACUGCCAAUCUGGCGGCCUUCUUGACUGUGGAGAGAAUGGUGUCACCGAUAGAGAGUGCAGAGGAUCUAGCAAAGCAGACAGAGAUAGCGUACGGCACUCUGGACUCAGGCUCAACAAAAGAGUUUUUCAGGCGCUCCAAAAUAGCGGUGUACGAGAAGAUGUGGUCGUACAUGAAAUCCGCAGAGCCCUCUGUGUUUGUUAAGACCACGCCAGACGGCGUUGCCCGAGUGCGAAAGUCAAAGGGCAAGUUUGCCUUUCUCCUUGAGUCCACAAUGAACGAGUACAUCGAGCAGCGGAAGCCGUGCGACACCAUGAAAGUGGGGGGGAACCUCGACUCCAAAGGCUACGGUGUGGCGACGCCCAAAGGCUCAGCAUUAAGAAAUGCUGUUAACCUGGCAGUUUUAAAACUGAAUGAGCAAGGCCUCUUGGACAAAUUGAAAAACAAAUGGUGGUACGACAAGGGAGAGUGCGGCAGCGGGGGAGGUGACUCCAAGGACAAGACAAGCGCUCUCAGCCUAAGCAAUGUGGCAGGGGUCUUCUAUAUUCUGGUUGGAGGGCUGGGGCUGGCAAUGAUGGUGGCUCUGAUAGAGUUCUGUUAUAAAUCACGACAAGAAACCAAACGGCUAAAAUUGGCCAAGAACACACAGAAUUUUAAGCCCGCUCCCCCGACCAACACCCAGAACUUUGCCACAUACAGAGAAGGCUACAACGUUUACGGAACCGAGAGCGUUAAGAUCUAGAGGUUUCCGAAACAUUUCAGCCGUCCUCUACAACUGUGACUAAACAUCUGUGAAAGGCACAGGACCACGGGGGUUUGUGCUUCAUGGCAUGAUAAUCUGCAUUGACGACACGACUUGACUGGUCAUGGGAAGAGCCGAUGAGGUUCCCUCCGCCUCUCAGUGCCUUAUGGAACUCUGAGUCUAAACAAUGCAACUAGAUCACAACGAUAAUGCUCUUUGCUUGAAACUCAUAGAAAACAGAUGAAUGGUGCAGAGUUAAAAAAAAAAAUAUAUAUAUAUAUAUAUAUAUAUAUAUAUAUAUAUAUAUAUAUAUAUAUAUAUAUAUAAAUGCGCAUGAAUGAGAGAAUAAAGCCAUCAUUUGCAACUUUAAGCACAUUUUAAAGUGCCAGAAAGACGAUGUAUCAUACAUGACACAUGUCUAAUUGGUUUCUUGUAAUCAAUGUGAUCAGAUUACUCAUCAUCCUUCUGCUGCCAGAUUUUCACUGGUUCAAUGUGCUGAAAUUAUUUUAUUAGAUCCACUCAGUGCACUGUAGGACACUGGUUAUUAGAAAAUAGCUUUUUAUACUGCUGUGAAUCCCUCCGAAUGACCAUGAACUUGUUGAAGACAGAGCUGUCGCAUCGGGGCAAAAUGCCGCCGAGCCCCCGAAAACAAAGAUGCGCGCUGUUGUUUGUUCUUCAAACUCUGGUGCUGCCGCCACCGCUGUCUUCGGAAAAGUUUGAUAGGACUCAAGAAGAUGAGAGUAAAGAUGAGAAUAACCAGGUCCUGAUUCGCACUUCCAAUACUGCCAAGAGUGUGUUUUGAAUGACAAUGAUUAUGUAAAGUCCGGGUAAGGAAAAUAUGUUUGGUAUACAUGCGAUUUGUAAAAUAUAAAGGGAGGUUUGAUACUCUGAAGAGUCUUUCCCUGAAGUCUAGAUUCAUUCAAGUCUUCUUUACAUUAAAGUAAAACCAAACAAAUGGGUUCUUCAGUUGUAGAUUAACUGUAGUCUGGUUAAAGGCUCACAGUAAGGUUUUUUUUUUUUCUGUCAAAUUGCACAUUUUCCAAUGAGCUGUGGUUUGCUUUCAAAAUGUUUUUCUUCCAUGAAAACUAAGGUGUUUAGUGAUUUUACUUAGUAAAUGAGAACCAUAUAAAUACAACAACAAAAAGAAAAUAGACUUUUUAUAAGAUUACACUGGGGCGUCUCCUGGAGCUUAGCACAUUUCCAUACUGCUGUAUUCAAUUGUGUUCUUUCAUAAAGACUGUGAUUCCAUAGGAUUUAGGAGGAUAUUUAUCUAAUCACCUAAAACUAUGGCCAGAUAAUUUUAUAUGAAAAAAAAGAGACAAUGUGAAGACAAACAAAGAGUAAGCCAGGAGAGAUGUGUACAUUCAGACAAAAGAAAAUAAUUUAUACUAUAUGAUGACACAUUGGGUUUUCCCUUCUUAUGUUAUUUCUUUUUUUUUUUUUUUUUCUAAAGAAUUGCAUGUGUAUUCGGUGAAGCUUGACGAGCUCUGCUACGCACAAACUGAUCCUAGGUUAAUGCUAGAAAUAAAGCCCUGGUAAUUCUUUUUUUUUUUUUUUACUUGUUUUUUUGUUAAGUGUCACCUCCUGCAGAAAUAACCAGAAGAAAAUAAACAAAAUCCCCAAGCGUAGUAGUGGUUACAAAAGAGCAAAAGAUGCAUGCAUAAUUUGCUGAACCUCGUCGAAGGAUGCGCUGUACAAAGAACUUUAAUACAUUUUUUGUAAAUAAAAUGUACAGAAAUGGA